AUAUCACCUCCAUCGCCUAUUUAUCGUUUGGUAAAUCAAUCUUAUGAUAUUAAUUGCACCUUAAACCGUUCGGAUUCCGAAAUAGGAAAAUUCAACAGUAAAGAUUUAAUGUUUUACAUAAAGGAUGUGGCUGUAUCACGAGAACAUGUCAAAAUUGUCAAUGAAACAACUAUUCAACUUAGUGUACAUAACUCCCCAGUUAACGCAAUCCAAUAUAUAUGUAAGUUAAACAAUACUAAAGGCGUCGAUAUGCGGAGCGUUUUUAUAGGCUAUAAACCAUACAACGUAACGAACUUCAAAUGUCGUUCGGAGAAUUGGCAGAAAAUGAAUUGUUCCUUUGAACAAGCAUACAAUCCUAUACCAACUAAAUAUGAUUUGAGCUUCCGAUUCGAUACAUCUCCUGUUGAUUUUACGUGUCCCCUUGAAGGACAGUUCAAUAACACAUGGAAGUGUUCUAUUGAUUUAGAUUCUUCGUAUCGGCAGUCACAUGAAUUGUAUUAUUUUAUGCUGGAAUCGAGUAAUAUUUUUGGAAAAAACCAUCAACAAUUCUUGGUAAACAAUUUCAAUAGCGUUAUUCCGGAAGCUCCAUCUAAAUGCACUGUAAGCAAUAUUACAUCUAAUAGUGCAAUACUCCAUUGGGCGAUUUCUUACAAACUACAAACGUUCAGAAGAGACUUCGUUUUUCAUGUCAAAAUUCUUUCCAUUUAUGACCAUAGAGUAUGGAAAACCAUUGAUGUUAGCCAUAUAAAAAAAACUUUAACGAAUUAUACGCUACCCAUUGAAAAAUUGAUGUUUGCCGAUGCUCAUUAUGAUGUCAGAAUUCGAAUGAAAACCGCUACGGCUGAAGAUGUUGACGAAAUGUGGUCCAACUAUUCCAGUUGUUUGUUUAACACAUUGCCUAAAAGACCAGAUAAUCCACCAGAAGUUGCUAUAGGUGGAUUUGAAAUCAACGCUUACAAUGAUAUUUUUGUCUACUGGAAAGAGAUACCAAAAAGCCAACAUAAUUCUGCCCUUGGAUUUCGAUACAAAAUUACGGAAAUAAGAAAAAAUGGUUUACCAAUCAGCAACGUCACUGAAGGUCGGAACGGUAGUACAAUGCAACAAUUUAGAAAUAUGAUGGAUGGCAAUUAUACAUUUUUCAUACGCAGUUCCAAUAGUGAAGGUGACUCACUGGAAUACAGCAAAUUGUUUAUACCCAGCAAAACUUAUCGAAUGCCUAAACCUGAAAUCAUAAAACUUUUGUCUGAUUCUGGGCGAUAUCUGCUUUCAUGGAAGGCAUUUCCUACACAAAUUACAAAAGUUACUUCAUACACAGUAUUUUGGUGUAACUCUAGCAGCAAUUCACCCAAUGAUUGUAAUGGUUCUAUAAACUUUGUUUAUGUUAAUGCUGACCAACUUUACUACGAACUAAGUAAUGUUAGCUCUACCUUAAAUUUUGCUGUGGCUGCAAACUUUGAACAGCUAUCUUCUGGGAUGGUCUGGGCAUCUUGUACAGCAACACAAAAAAAUGAUAUUGGAAAAUUGAAAACAAUUUGGAUACCAUCCAUGCAGGCUACAUAUAUCGAUCUAGAGUGGAAAUUGGAAUGUGGUGAUAGUGCCAUAGUAGAAGGAUAUAACAUAAUAUAUUGUCCUAUAAAUUCACCACGCGACCAAAGUUGCAAAAUACAGGAAAAAUCUCUCAACAUUACUGGAACAACGUCACACCGAAUUAGCGGAUUAAAACCAUACGUUACUUACAGAAUACAAAUAUCUAUGUAUUCGAAAUCUAGAAUUGGUCCACGAAGUGAACCUCUUUUCAAUACAACUCUAGAAGCAGCACCAUCCCCGCCAAGAGACUUGACGUACAAAGAUCUUCGGAACGAUUCCGUAACUUUGCAAUGGAAAGCACCUCUCCAAAUUAAUGGUGGUAAAAUGAACUAUGAAGUAUGGUAUAAUAAUUUGUAUACUAAAGUAUACACUGACGAUUAUACUGACGAUGUAACGUUCGUGUUAGGGCAGUUAGAACCAUUUACAAGGUACAAGAUCAUUGUUCGUGCAUAUACAAUCGGAUAUUCAAACAACUCGAAUUCUGUUGACCUAAUAACGGAUAUUGGCACUCCGGGUAUAAUACAUCAACCAGGUUCAGUGGACCUUAAUGAUACUCGAAUAUCUAUUAUAUGGCAAAUACCAGAACGACAAGCCGGUUGCAUAGAAUAUUAUGAGCUUCGAAUAAAAACAAAUGCACAAAACGAGGAUGCUGGUACAAUAUCCCGCGUACAGAGUACAAGAUGUCGUCUAACGCGAUCUAUUUGUCAAAUAAGCACGAUUGAGUCAAAUCACACAGAUAAAUAUGAGUUUUCUGUUCGUGCAGUUAACGUUAUUUUAAGUCCACAUGCACCAAAUUAUACCAUUUGGAAUAAGUUACCUUGUGAUAAGAAAUAUUCCUACUACAUAGACCAUGGAGUAUCCGAUACAUACCUUCAUAAUCAGAACAUGGAUACAGUUGAAUGUGAACUAAGUGGGCAAGAGGUUCCCUUCAUCAACUGGACCAGAAUCGAUCCAUACGCUACAUUGUUACAUGGUCAAUGGUCCAAACCGCUUGCGCAUUGGUGUAAUUAUGGUCCAGGCGCGUCUUUGAUCAUUAUUGUCAUAAGAACCAUCAUUGCGUGUCUAGGAAUAUUUGUUUUGAUAUUCUUCUCAGUCAUAAGUAUGCAGAAAAUGAAACAUAUUAAAAAUAUAAAAGUUGUUUUGCCCGAUGCGUUGAAUGACAUCAUUACUCCGGCCAAGUUAAAUAGAUCAAAAGAACAAAGUUUUGGUAAUGGACACAAAAAUUAUCGGGAGCGCUUAGGAAAAGCUUACGAUGAUAGUUUUUCACCAUUCAUGUAUGAAAAAAAGGAGGGUCAGUUGCCUACUCUAGAGGAUUCCACGAGUUUGGAAUCCUCUGAAGAAACCGUUCGCAAUAAAGAAAUCGCGAACACUAUUGAUUUGUUAUCAUUGUCAGGUGACUGUAAAUCGGAAACCCGCUUCGAGAUAGAUAACAUUAUGCUGCGACCACAAUCAUCAGUAAAUAUAACAGCAAAUGCUACAACCGAUAAACCAGAGAUUAUUACAGAUGCUGCCACUGGAUACGUUCGGGUACCCGUUGUGAAGUUUAAUGUAAAUGGUUAUGUACAAGCACCAUCAGUCAAGAUUAAGGAUACAUAUAUACUAUGCUGAAGACACGGAAACGAAGAGCCCGCAUCUAUGCUGACACAAAUAUUUUGAACCCACAACAAACAAGAAUACAAUUGCUCUACCAGUUGAAAAACAAAAUUCCAAAAUAGUUUUGAGUCAAAAUUGUAUCUCCCCUCCUCUCACCUUAAAUCCCCACUAGCUCGUAGUCGGCCGCGAGGAUAAAAAAAGGCCUCCCUCUUUUCCCUGCUAACGUAGAAUUAAUACGAAUUGUACUUGCCUCAGUAAAACAGAAAAUGUAUCGUGCC